AUGCCCUUCGCACAGCUGGUUAUUGGUCCUCCAGGAGCCGGGAAAUCUACAUAUUGCAAUGGCAUGCACCAGUUCCUAGGCGCAAUCGGCCGGCAAUGCUCUAUCGUUAAUCUGGACCCCGCCAACGACAACACUUCCUAUCCAUGUGCGCUGGACGUACGCGAUCUAGUCAAACUGGAAGAGAUCAUGGAGGAGGAUAAGCUGGGCCCGAACGGAGGUGUUCUCUAUGCUCUUGAGGAGCUUGAGCAGAACUUUGACUGGCUCGAAGACGGACUGAAGGAGCUUGGGGAGGACUAUAUCCUAUUUGACUGCCCUGGUCAAGUUGAACUUUUCACACAUCACUCAUCAUUACGAAACAUCUUCUUUAAGAUUCAAAAAAUGGGCAUACGAUUGAUCGUGGUCCAUCUUGUUGACUCAUACACUCUUACUUUGCCGUCAAUGUAUAUCUCCGCUCUCCUCCUCUCCCUCCGCGCCAUGCUCCAACUCGACCUCCCACACCUGAAUGUCCUCACCAAAAUCGACAACCUUGCCAACUAUGCCCCUCUCCCUUUCAACCUAGAUUACUACACAGAAGUUCAGGACUUGUCCUAUCUACUCCCAGAGUUGGAAAACGAAUCCUCACGACUAUCACACCAAAAGUUUGGUGCUCUCAAUAGGACCAUCAUCGACCUGGUCGAGGAAUUUGGGCUUGUUGGCUUCGAGACGCUGGCCGUCGAAGAUAAAAAGAGCAUGAUGAGUCUCCUGCGCGCUAUUGAUCGCGCAUCUGGAUAUGCCUUUGGCCCUGCCGAGGGUGCCAAUGAUACUGUCUGGCAGGUGGCUGUCCGGGAGGGCAUGGGUACCACAGACGUCCGAGACGUGCAAGAGCGCUGGCUGGACGCGAAGGAUGAAUACGAUGAGCUGGAGGAGCAAGAACUGGAAGAGGAGGUCCGCCUGCGCAAGGCGGCGAGCCAAGUCGAGGCUACCGGGGCUGCCGGAGGUGACGAUGACAUGGAAGACGACGACGGACAUGCCUACGACGAGGAGCUCGAGAAGUGGAAGCAGAACAUGCCCGAUAGUGGCGUUCGAGUACAGCGCAAGGCAUAA